AUGUCUCAACGUCGGGUAAAUCGAACUGCCACGGUCCAGUGGAGGGAAGUUCAGAGAGAGGAGUCCCUGCCUAUUCAGCGGUCUUUUGCCCAGUUUCAGCCUCGACGCAUUUCUAGCAACCUCGAGCUUCCCGAGACACUCGCUGGAAUCUCCAUUCGUGUCCCAUGCGAUCAGAAUUUCAAAAACACAGAGAUAGAAGAUCCCGUCUUCGAGGCCGUUGCUGCUACGGCUCAACUGGGGAUAGAUAUACUACACAGCUCUACGGGAUUCUCGGGUCUUAUGGACACCGGAAAGCAGAUCAUCGAGGAGACACUACGCAAUAACCCCAGUCAACGUUGCCGAGAUGCCAAAGGCAUUGAGAAACAUACCAAAGACUACCUCAAGCGCAUUACAGAAAACUUUCCUGUCCUCCUAGUCCACGAUAUGAGAGCAGCUACGAAUGGAAGAACUACCAAAGGCACAUGGGAGGUCCCUCAGGACAGGUUAUUCCCCCCCCACCAUGCCGGCGCCAUUGAGAUCAACCGUAUACUCGUGGAUCGCUUAAUCGACGCCAGACAGGCAGCCCUACUUGAUAGCAACGAUCAAAAUGCUCGGGACAGGUUCUACACAUUAUCGUUUAGAAUCGGUGCUACUAUCGCCCAUGAGCUAUGCCAUGUGUUUACAACCUUCCUUCUUUACGAUCCCAAUGCGAAUACACCCCCGGCUGUGAGUUACGCGGGCUGGGGGAACACAAUGGUAGGCGAAUCUGGGCGGCGCUGGGAGUCUUUGACCUUUGGAGGCGUCGUCGAUAUGCGACAAGGAUCUUGGAUGGAACGAGUAGGUCUCAAGUUGUCCGGAGGCAGGAGAACCUUUGUGGUCAACCCCCCCUCUUUCAAGGCAAUAGCACGCAGAGACUUUAGUGUUUUCCCACUAGUUGAUGAAGACUGCAGCAAGAGGGGAGGGAAGCCACACAUUAUAGACACCGACUCUUGGCUAGCAAAAUACGGCAACAUUUAUGAAGCCUACAGCGAAAACGAUAACCACCAACCCGAGCGGCUCCCGAAGCACGUCCUUGACUGUGCCAUGUCUGGGGCUGGUGAAUUCACCCGGCUGUCGGCUGAUAAAUUGCGGAACUGGACGCUUGGUAUCGAUGAAGGAAUUGGUGGGAGGCCCAGCUGGUCAUGGACAAUAAAGAUGUCGGCCUAG